GGGAAGGAAAAAUAGCUCCGAGGAUGCGCUUCUGUAUGGCGAACGUGUUCCCGCUAUAUACAGCCGACGGCGCGUCGACCGGGAACGACUUUGCGAGCUCUGCCAAGGCGGUGUAAGAGAUAGGAUACCCUCUCCAAGAUGCUUUUUCCUGUUCUCAUCUGUGCCAUCAUUGCCGGUGUCCUAAGCACGUCAGUCGAAGACAUAAACGACUACGUAGACAUCGUCCUUAGCGAGCUCUCCAGGCAGAUACUCAAGCCCUACCGGCCCACAGACAGCUUCAACAAGACGGUAAUGGGAAGGCCCGAGAUAUGGGCCUACUUCGGAGACAUAGCCAUCACGGGCUAUGAGCACCUACAACGUGACGACGACUGCAAGUUUCUCGAAGAGCCCACCGUCACGCGCAUUGUGAUCCACUGCAACCUGACGGCCAAGGAACUCAAGGUGGACAUCAGCGGCAGUCUGAAGCACUCCACGUACCCGCCCAGAGGAAUUCGCGCUAGCGGCCUCUUCCCGAAUUCAAAAAUUGCCAUGACCAUCGCCGCUGAGCCUUGGAAGGAAAUCAACGUUACCGCCAAGCUAAAGCUCUCAGUGCCCGAGAUCAACGUCGUAAACCUGGGGGAAGAGGCAAAGUACAACAGCAUCCGUCUCGGGUACCGACACGAGAUCAUUAAUAUUAUGAAGAACUCUCAGCAUGACCUCGCCAAGGAACUGAAGAAGGCAGCAGAUACAGAAGUGAUUCCGUUUUAAAAGAUGAAAAUUUG